GAGAAACAUAAGUAGAUUCUAGAACUACUAUUUAAAACUUUAUGUUAUUUGAAUAUAAGACAGCUAGUGGAUAAGGUAUAUAAUGAAUUAUAAUUAUGUUAGUAUCAAUUCGACCAUUUUUGCAAAGAGUAACUUCAAUUUAAUAAGCAAUCGGAGCAUUAUAAACUUACCAAAUUAAGAAAACAAAAAUUAAUGAAUGAUAUAGAAAAUGCAA